AUGGCCGCACUUUUGGCUGGGAAACACGAAGAAUCGGCCGCCACCACCGUUGCUCAACUUGGAGGAAGCGGGCACCUGUCCUAUGUCGGGGAUGUUAGUAAGGCGGCCGAUGUCGAGCAGUUGCGCAAAUUUGCCGUAGAAAAGCUGAAGAACGCCCCAAAUGUGGUCGUAAAUUGCGCCGGAAUUACGAGGGACGCCACUUUGCUCAAGAUGUCCGAGCAGUCGUUUGAUGAAGUGAUCGCCGUAAAUUUGAAGGGCGUUCAUUUGGUAACGCAAGCAUUCGCCCGCGAAGCUGUCGCAAAUAAAGCGCCACUUUCCAUCAUCAACGUGUCCAGUAUUAUUGGAAAGGUCGGCAACUUUGGGCAAACGAACUACGCAGCAACCAAGGCGGGCGUGAUCGCGUUUACAAAGAGUGCCGCAAAAGAGCUGGCGAAAAAGAAAAUUCGCGUGAACACCAUCCUUCCCGGCUUCGUCGAGACCCCUAUGACGAAAGCUAUGCCGGAAGACGUGCUGAAGUCGAUUUGCGCUGGGAUUCCGAUGGGCAGAAUGGGGCAUACUGAAGAAAUCGCUGAUGGUGUGCUCUUCUUGGCCUCCGAUCUGUCCUCCUACGUCACCGGCGCUCAGCUGGAGAUCACCGGCGGGCUUUACAUG